UUUUGUUCGCUGCACUCGUCACGGCGGAAGGUGUUGGCGGCGGCGGCGGCGGCAGAAUGGCGGCGGUGCGGGAGGAAGAGCCGGAGACCGGAGCUGCUGCUCCACGUGGAGGUUCAGGGGGGAAGGAGCGCGGCAGGAAGGAGGGGAGAGUCGAAGAAUCGGAGCUGCUCACGGUACCAGAAGGAUGGAAGGAGGCACCAUUUACAAGAGAAGACAACCCCAGAGGUCUUUUGGAGGAGAGUAGUUUUGCAACUCUUUUCCCCAAAUACAGAGAGAGCUAUCUCAAAGAAUGCUGGCCGUUGGUGCAGAAAGCAAUGAGCGAACAUUUUCUCACAGCCACAUUGGAUUUGAUUGAAGGUAGUAUGACUGUCACCACCACCAGGAAGACAUUUGACCCAUACUCCAUCAUCAAAGCUAGAGACAUGAUAAAACUUUUGGCAAGGAGCGUUCCUUUUGAGCAGACUCUUCGUAUACUUCAGAAUGAUGUAGCAUGUGAUAUCAUCAAGAUUGGUUCACUCGUUGGAAACCGUGACAGAUUUGUGAAAAGAAGAAUGAGGCUUCUAGGACCAAAAGGAUCAACACUUAAGGCUUUGGAGCUAUUGACAAACUGUUAUAUUAUGGUGCAAGGAAAUACUGUGUCGGCUCUGGGACCACACAAUGGGCUGAAGGAGGUCAGAAAAGUAGUAAUCGAUACCAUGAAAAACAUUCAUCCGAUCUACAAUAUCAAGGCAUUGAUGAUCAAACGAGAAUUGGCAAAAGAUCCGGAUCUUAGAACACAGAACUGGGAGCGAUUCCUGCCCACGUAUAAACACAAGAACUUGAAUAAACGCAAGAAACCUCUGAAGAAGACGGUGAAGAAGCAGUACACGCCUUUCCCACCUCCACAGCUUGAGAGCAAGAUUGAUCAGGAGCUGGCCUCUGGUGAAUACUUCCUCAAAGCCCAACAGAAAAGGAGAAAGAAAUUGACUGACAUAAGGGUAAAAGAAGCAGAAGCAACCGUUAAAAGACAAGAAGAAAGAAAUAAGGCUUUUAUUCCUCCUAAAGAGAAAUCUACUAUUAAGCCAAAAAAAGCUCCCACAGAAACUAAAAUUGAUAUUCAAGCUCUUAAAGAGAAAGUGAAGAAAGCCAAGCAAAAGAAGCUCGGAGCUCCAUCAGCAGCGGAAGUCGCUCAAAAAAUUGCCAAAAAUGCAAAGGGCAAGAAGAAAUGAUGCAGCUUCACAAACGUAGGUCAGCCCUAUUAUAGCAUGGUGCUUUGGAUCCAGAAAACUAGAUGCCAUGUUAUAAUGGGUUUGUGGGUGGGGGGGAAGGGUUAACUCGACCCUGACAUUAUGUUGCCAAGCAUGUCAUGUUAGAGUCAGUUGAGCUCCAAGGAGAUCCUGGAAAUGCACUGUGGGAGAACGAAACUUAACAAUUAAAAUAAUAUUCUUUAUAGCUCACAGUUGCAUCCCAACUUAAUGGAAAACAAUGUUUGCCCUUUGAAAGCUAAUUAAAUAGCUGCUGAGCAAUCAAAUAUCAGCUCACAGGCUAAAUUCAGUCUGUUAUAGAUGUUUGAUAUUACCACUAAUAAACCCAGCUGUUAGUGAAAGAAUUCCUUUUUGCACUCUUGAUUACAGUUUCUGAUUUUCUAGUAAUUAGUUAGCAGCAUCAGUGUUCACUGGAGUAGAAUUGCAAAUGGUACCUUGAGCCUUUGUAUGCAGAACCUAGCUGGAUGUUUACAUUUCCAUCUACAUAUUUUAUAUCGCGGUUAUUGUUGGAUAUAUAUAUAUUGUGUAACCUAAAAUUAUUAAUGUGUUCAUUAAAUACUGUUUAAUAAAAGUAUUUACUUUAUUUUGUGUGAGAUGUGCUAGCUACUUCCUUUGGCCAGUUCUGAAACGUGUACUUCUCUGACCUGAAGGUGACUUCUGUAGUGUAAUAAUUUUUAUAAAAAAAGCUUUUCAUAUUGA